AUGGUCGACACCACUCCCACCCGCUACUACGUCGACGAGCCAACCGCACGCGCUUCGCCGGACGAGACGCAAUCGCACCGUCGACGCAAGUCGUACGUUCAGGGCCUGCUGCUGCUGCUCAUCGUCGUGGUGCUCUGGACCGCCUCCAACUUCCUCACCAAUGCGCUCCUCACAACGGGGGGAUACGAUAAGCCGUUCUUCGUGACGUAUGCGAAUACCUCGUCGUUCGCGCUCUAUCUCGUGCCGUACCUCGUCAGCAGCCGGCUGCGCAAGCGAUGGAGCAACGCCGAGCAGCACUAUGCACAGCUCCACCAGGAUGAUGCCGAGAACGGCGCUCCCGUCGCAGCCAUUGAGGACGACAAGCAGCUGCCAAAGUGGCUCAAGACGCUCGGAUUCGACGUGCCUACCGUAGAGCCCACUGAACCUGCGCUCGUCAAACCCUUGGCAGUGGUAGCCAACGAGCCGCAACUACGCGGGCGUGCAUCCAACGCUACACUCAGACAGAAGCCCAUCCGUCUCACACGCUCCUUUUCCACCGAAGACUCGUCUACCGCUUCGACGCCGCUACUCACGCCGACGCCGCCAGUGUCGCGGCCCUCGUCGCCCGUACGCCCGUUCUUGGUCUCCACUGCGGUGCCGCGUCCGUCGUCGAUCGACGGAAGACGGCCGCGCACAUCCAUCAGCAUCGUUCACGCCUCGGCAGACGCGGCCGAGGCCGCACCGCUGCCGCUACCGCCACUCACGCUGCGCCAGACGGCGGUGCUGGCCUCGCAGUUUACGCUCGUCUGGUUCGGCGCCAAUUGGGCCAUCAAUGCCGGGUUGGGUUUGACGUCCGUUGCGAGCGGCACGACCAUCGGGUCUGCAAGCGGCUUCUUCACGCUUGCGCUCGGAGCGGCGCUGGGCGUGGACAGGUUCACACUCGCGAGGCUCGGAGCUGUGUGCAUCAGCGCGCUUGGCGUGGCGGCGGUCACGUUUGCUGAUCGCGAGACCGCCACGGCUACGGGGAUGGGGAUGGUGAGGCGCUCGGCGGUGGAGCGUGGGCCGCCCAAUGCGCCCAUGGGCGACAUGCUCGCUCUGCUCUCGGCGUUUCUCUACUCGCUCUACGUCAUGCUUCUCAAGACGCGCAUCGGCUCCGAGGACCGCAUCUCGAUGCCGCUCAUGUUUGGCAUUGUUGGCGCGAUCAACAUUUUAGCACUGUGGCCGGUGUUGCCGCUGCUGCAUUACUCGGGCGUGGAGGAGUUUGAGCUUCCGCCUUCGGCGCACAUCUGGGCCGGGGUGGUGGUGAAUAUGGCCAUCACGUUUGUCAGCGAUUUCAUCUAUCUGCUGGCCAUGCUCAAGAGUUCGCCACUCAUCACCACGCUCGGACUGUCGCUGACCAUUCCGCUGGCGGUGGUCAUCGAUGCGCUCAAGGGCAGCCAUACGGGCGGCAAGGUGGCGGUGCUCGGCUCGGCCGCUGUGCUAAGCAGCUUUGCCUUCAUUGGAUGGGACGACCAUCGCACCUUCAAGGAGGAGAAGAGGGAGGCACUCGCGAGGUUGGUGGCACGUAGUGCAGAGAGGGACGGCGACGAAGCUCUGUCCAUACGCUCCGACACCACCGAGGAUCAAUAG